UCUUGCUGUCCCAGCCCAUCAACGACGACAACAUGGAAUGCAACACGCUGAAGAUCACUGACUUUGGCCUUGCCCGAGAGUGGCACAAGACCACCAAGAUGAGCACAGCGGGCACCUACGCCUGGAUGGCCCCAGAGGUGAUCAAGACCUCCACCUUCUCGAAGGGCAGUGACGUGUGGAGUUAUGGUGUUCUACUGUGGGAGCUGUUAACCGGAGAAGUUCCCUACAGGGGGAUCGAUGGGUUGGCUGUUGCUUAUGGGGUUGCUGUCAACAAACUGACGCUCCCCAUUCCCUCAACCUGCCCCGAACCGUUCGCUCAGCUGAUGGCUGAUUGCUGGGAUCAAGACCCUCACCACCGGCCCCAGUUCGCUGCGAUCCUGGAGCAACUGAUGGCCAUUGAGGAGCAGGCGCUGUUGGAUAUACCCCAAGAAUCCUUUCACUCCAUGCAGGACGACUGGAAGCUGGAGAUCCAGAGCAUGUUCAACGAACUGAGGGCCAAGGAGAAGGAGCUGCUGUGUCGGGAGGAGGAGUUGAAGAGGGCAGCUCUCCAGCAGAAAUCACACGAGGAGUCCCUGCGGCAGCGGGAGCAUGCCCUGUUACAGUGGGAGCGGGACGUCUUCGAGCGGGAGCUCAGCCUCCUCAUCUACCAGAUGAACGCCGAGAAGCCCAAUGUCAAGAAAAGGAAAGGCACGUUCAAGAAGAACAAGCUGAAAGUGAAGGACGGCCACCGCAUCAGCCGGCCCAUUGAUUUCCAACACAAGCUCACAGUCCAGGCCUCUCCUGUUCUUAACAAGAAGAAGGAUUUUCUCGAAGUAGACUCCAGCUCGCCAAACAUCUCACCGUUUGUACCUCGGCUGAGGGCGAUUCAGUUGAUUCCCAACCAGCUCAAUGGGGCUUGGAACCGUGGUCCGGCCUGGGGCUCUGAAAAUUCCGACGGGGAAGACGGCGGGAAAGGAGAGAGGAGACCAGGACGCAUCUGGGGAAACCACUCAACCAAACCCUGGGAAGUCACGGCUGACGGAAGGCUGUGUUCCCGCCUGGAGACGUGGAAUACCGAGACAGUGGACGAAGGAUCAGCUCACUCCUUGCCGAUCUUGAUCACGGACACUAUCUCUGGUACGUCGAGCCUGCGCCAGCUCUACCCUCCGUGGGAUCAGGGUGGGUGGGCACUCAUUUAUAUCUCUCCCCCCUUUCCCAACCCAAUGCACCCUCCUGCUGUGUCCGAGCUUCACAUCUGCAGUGGGGACAGACAUCCCAGGAGGCUUUAGAAGGAGCUUAGCGAA